CAGAGGUCAGGAAGCAGCGGCAGGUUGGGAUGAUCUGUUGGGAUCCCGUCUGGCGAGGGUAGGCAGCGGCGGGCGAAGGUCCCGGCAUGAGAACGGGCAGUCAGCAUGUCCGGCGGAGAGAGAGACUCGGAGGUGGAAGAAGCAGGACAGGUUUUCCUGCUUAUGAAGAAGGAAUACCGGAUUUCCCGGAAUGUGCGGUUAGCUUGGUUUCUCAGCAAGCUCAAUCAAAAUAUUCAGCUGAUGCCUCAGUCACAGCUUCUCAACUCCAAGAAUGAACUAGAUAUUUUAAGUGUCCUACCAAAGGGGUGGCAGCAGGGUGAACCUGUUGCUAUUCAUACUUACCAAUUAGUACCUUCAACCCAUAUCAUCUUUCUUGCUCAGCGAUAUCGUUUUGUUAUUGUAUUGGAUCUUAGUCCGUCCACAGGCAUUGUGGAUGACUCCACUGGUGAGCUGAUUUUUGAUGAAGUAUUUCAUGCACUCUCGAGGUGUUUAGUGGAAUUGUUGCGACCAUUUAAGGUCCCAGGUACAGACAUAUUGUUUCAGCCUGAGAUCUUCAUUACGAUCCUUGCUUAUUCUUCCAUCAUAGGACUUCAAACUCACCAGGUCCUGGUUCAAGGCUGUCUGUUGGAUCAAGCCAAUUUAGAAGCUUUUCGUCAGAAUAUAUAUCAGCAGUUACACGCGUUUGAAAACAAUGUAGCUGAAGUUCUUCAACAACAUUACAAGCCCAGAACACAGUCUGAUCGGACGACCUUAUCCCAAGGUGAUACUGCUGAUGUUCUUUAUGAUCAUUCUUCACGGAAGAUAGCGUUUUCCAUGGUAACAUCUGAUAUGGGGCUUGUCAACAUGAUCCGCAAUGGCAUUCUUGCUCUUCAGUUACUACCAUCCAACUCUAGUGCAGGUAUAAUAAUAAUUACUGACGGUGUAACAAGUGUACCUGAUAUUGGAGUGUGUGAAACUCUGUUAAACCAACUACGCUGUGGCAUGAUUGCCUGUUCCUUUAUACAGGUUGGAGGUGUGUAUUCUUAUGACUGCAGCUUUGGUUAUGUACCAAACUUGGAAUUAAUGAAGUUCAUUGCCAUGGCGACAUUUGGCUCUUAUAUGUCUACAUGCCCAGAAGUUACUGAAAGUAGCCUGAACAUGAAUGCAUAUCACAAAGCAUUCCUGUUGUACAGCUUCUUGAGACCUGGAGAGUCCAUGAACCCAGAGUAUUACUGUGUGUCUCAGCACAAACUGUUCAAUGAACACCUAGUGUCUGCCAGUAGUAAUCCUGCCCUGGCCAUGAGACGAAAGAAACACGCUGAGAAUGAGGUGCAUGCAGACCUUACCAGUGUAGUGUCUGUAAGAUUGCGGGAGGGCUACACUGUGAAGGAACUUAAUAUCACAAAAGCUGGAACUCAGCUAGAAGUGAAGUUGGUGCUUCUUUGGAAACACAACAUGAGAAUUGAGUACCUGGUGGUAGCCUCAUGGCCCCUCGAUGCCACCAAGCGUUUGACCUGGGUGGAGGUAACAAUGGAGGGCAGCUAUGAUAUGCUCCAUGAUAUCAGCUGUACUAUGAAGAAACCUAUUACCAGCCCAUAUCGCACCACAGUUAUCCGUCGUUUCUGGACCACUUUGCAGAGUAUUAACCAGACAGAUCAGAUGUUGGUACAUCUCAAAUCCUUCAACACUAUUCCUGAACACUACACCAUCCCUGAAAGCACAAAGAAUGGCGUCCCAUUAUUCUACAUUCCUCCAGGAUCUACCACACCGGUACUCUCACUGCAGCACAGUGGUGCCAAAGACUCUAGUCAAUCCCAGUUUGCCUCUUAUUGGAAGCCUAUAUUAUCUAUGGAUGCCAGCUUCUGGCAGCGAUGGCUUCACAUGCACCGCAUAGGCAUACUGCUGGAACAUGAUAUCCCAGUGCCAAAGCACAUCCAUACUCCUGGGAGUAAUGGCCGCUACAGCACCAUCCAGUGUCGUAUUUCUCUUUCAGCACUAACCUCCCUUCUACGGGACUGGAGUAGUUUUGUGCUGGUAGAAGGAUAUUCAUAUGUUAAACUCCAUUACAAUGGAGCAGAUCAGCCUCCUUCAUCCUUUUACCUUGUUCGGGUUAUUUCCAAAGCUCCAUGCAUGGUACUUCGUCUGGGAUUUCCUAUUGGAAUGCAAGCACAAGCUAGGAAUAAGAUUGUAGAUGAGCUGCAAGAUCAAAUUCUCUCAUUGCGAUUCCCCCAGCGGGUACAGAGCAAAGAAGCAACACCAAAAAUAAAGAGAAAACUGUUGGGAAAUGCCUCCCCUUCAAAAUCUCCCCCACUUCCGACCACCCAGCUGGCACUCUCUGAUCGACCUUGUGUUGUGAUAUUGAAGAAACCAUUGGAAAGGCUACUCAUUAGGUAUGAGAAGCUUCCAUCAGAUUAUCGAACUCCCUUUAUCUUGAACCUGGACAACUGUGGGCAUCCUGCCUCAAUGACUGGAGCAGCAACAAUGACAACCAAUCGCACAGCGUCAUCCACGUUGGCCUCUCUGUCCCGUUACUUCUAUCAUCAGCGUUGGGUGUGGUCUAUGCAGCCAUCUGUGGGGCCAUCAUUACCAAUCCUUUCAGCAACACAGAUACUUUCCACUCUCACUGAAAUUCGUUUGUCUGAAGGUUUCCAUUUUGCUGCUACUGGAGAUGGUAUUGUCACCAUGGUGAUUGAAUUGCCUAUGAAGGGCAGUUCAAGAUGCGAAGAUGAUAACGAUGAGCUCCACACGUGCCUAAUUCAGUACAUCAUUUUUCCUCCUCAUUCUAAUUCAACCAAAGACAGUUUUUCCACAGAUGAUGAUAAUGACACGGAGGUUGAGGCAAUUGAACCUGAGACCGAGUUAAAUUUGGUGACUGAAUGCUGGGUGGAACCUCAGAGUGGCCACGUGGUCACUUCUGCCGAUUGCCGGAAAUACUUAAAUGGAUUGUCUUAUUUAGAUAUUCCAAAGGCGAUUUACCCACAAGACCAUGCAUGUGUCUCUUCCUUGUUGACUUUUGAACAUCUAAGUCAGCUUUGUCAGAAUAAAGAAUACAUCUUGCCAAUGUGGGGAACAAGGAACUUAGAAGGUGAGAAUGACGGGGAGAAUGACUUCAUCCAAACAAUACCAUUUCAGUUUCAUCUGAUGAAACUUUUGCCAAAGUGCCAACAAAUAGAGUUACUUUUUCACACCUUGACUAAAGGGGAAGAUGAUGAAAGUGCAAAGGAAACCUCUUCUUUGCCCAAUGAGAUUCUCUUGAGUCUUUUUCAUAAUUGUUUGCAAGAGACCCUCAGUGACCGGGAAUUGCCUUUGGCUGACUCUGAUCAUGCAACUUUUAUGCAGCAAAUUAUGCAGCGGGAUCGAAAUGGUCAUUCCAUUCCCUUCACUCUACCACCUGUAAAAGAAGAACCACUGAAAGUGUUCAAAAAAUUGGAGAGACAAGACACAAUGAUGUCAUUGCAUGCCCUGGGGAAUAACAAAGAGGUCAUGGGUUCAACCAGCACGUUACAGAGUGUUGGGAAUGCUGAUAUGACUGAGGACAAUGUAGUUUCAGUUGAAAAUGAGACCAUUCCUCAGUGGAGAUGUUAUACCAGAUUUGUGAAUGCACAACAGAUCCUACUCAUCUUUUUGCCAGCCACCUUUUCUGAUAUGCAACAACUGAUGGCCCCUGAGAUUGAUGAGAGUACAAAGAGUGCUGGUAUAGGAAAUGAAGAACUGCUACAAGUUGAAAUGAGGGAGUCCUCUUUGAGUGAGCACUUGAAAGGAUUUAAUGCCUCCUUGGCAAUAAAAAAGCCUGAAGUGGGCCGUUUUGGUGGACUUGAUAGUGAAGCUGACCAAAUAGCAAUGAGUAUUUCAAAGAACAAUAGCGUCAAGAUAGACUCUAUAUCCCCAGGACAAGAAAACCAGUCCACUCAGUCUCCAUCACUCCCUUCUCCAAUUCCGGCAACAGGGAAUGAAAUGUCAUUAUUUGAUUCAGAGAAGGAGAAAGUACAACCUGAUACAGAUACUGACUCUGCAUCUUCAGAAACAAUAAAGGAACGAGUGGAGUUCAGUUUGCCUCCAAAGAAAGACUUUCACAUCACAUUUAGUAGACAGUCCUCGCGGGUUGACGCCAACGACCCAGACCGCCUUCGAUGCCCGAUCUACGUGUACAACUGCUCACUGGAUUCAUUGAAAGAGCAACUUGUGAAUUCUUGCAUAGAGCGGCCAAACCGGGACAUUUAUAUCAGGUCGUUGUCACAGGAGAAGUCAACAGGCUCAUCGUUAACAGAUCCAGUAUUCCAAUUCCACAGGAACAAAGAGCUCUCCAACUAUUGCAACUUAUUGCAAGAGCACUAUCAUCAAUGUUAUGUAAAAGCUGUAUUUAGGAGUUUACAGCAAUCCUAUUACAUCAGCUCUCAGGAUCUACUUACGGCUACAGAUUAUUGUGAGGAGCUGCUGCAGGAAAUUGAUAUCACCACUUUUCUGCAGACACUCUGCGGACACAUCCGAGCAUUCCGUGAAAGUCACGACAUGCAGCUUUGGAGGGAUCGUGAAUCUAUUCCUACAAAGUUUGUGAUUGGAAGAAAUAAUGUUGAGGAUGAGAGGGUGCAGAGGGGCGUUCUAGCUUCCACGUCAAGCAUAGAAACAGAAGAUCUUGGUGAACAGGAUUUGAGGAGUGUACAGUCCAAUGCUGCAUCUCCUUCUCCACGAGAGGAAGUAAAAAUGAAGAAGGUCCACUCAGAAUUCUCCCUCUCCCUUCUUCAAUCAAGCCAGCCGUGUGAGGUCUACCCCAACUUGCACAAAAUCAUCCAGGACAAAUUCCUUGAGAUUGGACGGCAGCAUUUCAAGACAGUGCCUUCAAACCCUUAUUACUUCUUUUACUGUUCUCCCACAACAAAGAAAGAGGCAAAGAAUUAUCAGGAUGAAAGACAACGAAAACAGAGUGAGGAUAAUGAUCUUUCGGAGCUGGAGAUGGCAGGGGAGGAAGGGAGUACAUCAGGAUGCUGUGUAGUGACAGAGAGCGAUCCAGAUUUAGAGGUUGAAUAUAGGGAAAAAUCUGACAGAGAAUUGCAGGAUGCAGAUUCGCUCUCGGAUACCAAUACAGUAAAUAGAGAUGAUGAUUCGUUCAGUGUUCUUGGGGGCGAUUCUUUAAAUGAGCAAGACUUUCCUGAUCAGGAGAUGCCACCAUUAUUUGUUCAUCUUACUUGUUCCCUCAGUGGAAAAAAAUGCCAUGGGCCAUUUUCAGUGGAGUCCAUACCAGUGGAAUCACUGCCCACUUGCCUUGGUGAAAUUAUCAGCUGCCUGGAGAACUUCCCAGUCAAAUCGAUUGAUCUAGAUGACCUUGUCGUCACUUUGGAUAUUUUUGUCUUGACUCUUCCUUUAGAGGUUGAGAUUAUACCCGUUGACAUGAACCACCACAGGUACACAUCGGAAAGCAGCAGUUCCAUGAACCGAUCUCCAGGACAACCAUCAUCUUAUCGAUCUGAUGAAGAGUUAAUGCAAAAUAUAGACCGACUUGCCUCUACCACAGAUGAGAGGAUUGCAGAGGCUUUAUGUGAUCCACUUUCCAAGCUGCCACCCUUGCACAAACAAGCUGUCCUUGCUACAAUGGAUGAGAUUCAUUGGCUCCUGGAAGAUGAAAUAGUUUCAGCACUGCGCCAUUCAACAAAUAUUACCUUAGCUAUCCUACAGAAAGUAUCGGAUCAUGUGUCCAGGUCAAAGGGCAGGCCACGAUGUCACAGUGAAGUUGUUCCUUUACAAUUUGUUUUUGGUCCGGAGCAAUCACUGGAGAAGUUCAAAGAGGAAUUUAAGCGCAUGAAUCUUUCAGGGUAUCUCCUCAAUGAGGAAGCAAACAACUUUUACUAUUUAUCUGUGAGUCGUCUACGUGCUCAGAGGGUGGGCAUCGGGCAAAAACUUUCCCCAGAACCCCAACAGCAAAGUCUAGAGAGUGAGUGUGCGGCUGUGACAAUGACAUGUGAUGAGAGUACCGAUGCCGAGGUAGCCUUGAUCUGCCAUCAACCCCAGGAAGGUUGGACUAAACAAGUGGAAGUAGCCAGAGCAUCGUCUGUGACUGAGGGAGAAAAGACUGAAGAGAAGUCACAGAUCUUAACAGAGGAAAGCAAACUAAUAGCUGAGAGAAUAGUAGUACCAACAGCAACCGACGGAGCAUGUCUCACAUCAUCUGAACUACCGGAGGAAAACAUGGAUGGAAAAGCCUGUCUUUCUGUCACACAACCUGACCAACAGGAUCAAGCAUUUACAGCGAUCAAACCUGAGGGAAUCCUCAGCAGCAUGCCCCUCCUACAAUCAAGCCCAAUGCCUGAGAAAAUUCAACUCUCAAAUCCACCAUCGCAGAUGUCUUCUGCUGUGAAUCUCGUUGAGUCUGUGCAGUCCAUAAUACCUGGUAGUGCAGGUUAUUGCAAGCACAGACCAAGCAGAGUACAGAGUGUGGUCUCCAGUCAGGGCAGCUUGGAUUCAGAUCUUUUAGGUUAUGAUGGCGGUAGCAGUGACUCUGAGUGUGAAGGUGCCAUGAUGAAUGAACAGGAACCCAGAUGCCCACUGAUGCCUGAUUUUUGGCUGAUCAUCCAAAUUCAUCAAGAUAGAGUUGAAGUUUACUCUCAUACACGAAACCUUAUUGGGAUGAAGGAUGAAUCUACAGCUGAAAAAGAGGAAGAACUGGAGUAUUUGCACUUGCAUCGAACAGUAGUAAAAAAAAUUGGCGAGAUUUGUCGUGUAGUCAAUCAGCGUUUACUGCUUCAGGAUCUACAUGACAGUCAUGUAUGUAAUUCAUUACUUGUGGCUGAGAGUGAAGAAGAUAUUUGGAAGAAUGAAACCCCCUAUACUUCAUAUCGACCACGGAUUAUUGCCAGUGAUGACUAUUCAACAGAUGAUACUUAUCAAUCAAGGGAUUACCUGGCUGCCACAAUGCAGUUUAUGCCAGGCCAUUUUGCAUGUGAAGUGGUGUGGAAGACCAUCAUACAUAUUCAUCCUCGACUAAAGAUGGGACCCAACAUGGGUGUUGCAAGAGCUAUUCAGGCCCUGCGAUCUGUUCUAAAUGCUUUCUCAGUUGUGAACAGGAAAAACAUGUUUGUGUACCAAGAAAGGUCCACGAAGUCUGUGUUUUAUCUCAGGCUGUCUGAAACGAUAUGCAGUGGAAAUACACCAGAUUCGGAUAGAGAGUGUCAGUCCAUGCUGUCUUCUCGCUCAUUGGCUUUAAUACGCAGCCAGGAGCCAAUUCUUGCUGAUGAACUUGGGAAUUCCAAACCCUCUGAUUUCAUACCCACCCGAAGUGCAGAGUCAUCACGGCCUAUUGGUCAAGUGGAUAAGCACAUUCUGUUAAUGGUACAUGGUGUAGGACAAGCAGGGCCUGAAAUCACAGAUGAAUUGGUGAAGGUCCUGCGAAGACGGUUGGAUGAGGCAACACUUGAUAUCAUAACCGUCAUGCUGGUCAGGAACUGCAAACUAACUCCUGCUGAUGUAGAGUUUAUACAGCCUCCUGGCACAGCUCCAACAGAAGUGGUGCAGUUCACAAUUCCUCAUAGGUGUCUGCCUUGGUUUUAUGCUGUUGCACAUUACCUGCGUCAGAACCUACUAAUUUUCCUCCAUACACCAAAGUACACAGACAGCAAUGUGGAACAUCAUUUCCAGCAUUACACUCAUGGAAAGAACGUAUCCGAUGCUGACAUCUACCUCUACAAUAAGCCAGGUGGUCAAGGAACUGGUGGGAAAGGCAUUGCCUGCAUUGCCUUGUCCAUUGUGGAUCAACAAGGAAAUUCUGUGUUGACAACACAGCAACUGGAGCUAGCAGACCCAUCGAAACUAUUCUUUGGCAUGGAUGUCUUUCAGGAAGCAGACUUCAAUAAAUUGACAGAGGUCCUGAGAUAUGAGAGCACCUCUGAAGGGAAUACGUCAGACCCAAGCACUCUUGUACGUUUUGACAUCUGGGAACAGGGGAAUAUUAGUCUACUACAGCUCACAGAAAAGCUUCAGAAUGGCCUUCGUCACGCUCUUUGUGAUGUCGUUAUGGAGUUUCAAAUGCUUCAGUGCCCUCUGUGUGUGGAGUCCUAUUAUCCAGUCAUGGUGACACCAGAGAGAGAGAUCAGAAAUGGUCAACUCAGCAAGUCUGCGUCAGAGAUUAAGGAAACAACCAGCCUCUGUCUCAGUGCAGCUGGAAGUAAAAACAGUCCUGUGUCUGUUCAAAUUGCUCCUAUCCAAACGUCCAGCGCAUGUAACGCAGAAUCUACUACUCCCACUGGCAAGACAGGCCGGCGCAGUUUUUGGGAUAUGCUGAGCAAGACUGAUUUCUCAGACACCAGCACUCCAAAGACCACUGACGACAUAGUUCAGGAAAGAACCAAUGACAGUUACACUCGCAGGAGGCACAAAACAGAACAUUUGAAGCAGCCCUCCAGUCAUGAGCGAAUGUCAGCAGUGGAAUUAGAACAAACACAGAGGCAAGCAGUCUCAAGAAGGAAACGGACCAGUCAGCUGGAAGAGGGAGACCUGGGUUCUCUGCAUCAGCUUUUCCAUGUCACCUGUCAGCAAUGGAUGGCAUUCAUGACUAGGAUGGGAUGUCCCUCAGUGCAGCAAUGCUCUGUUAAUAUUGGCUCCCGGUUUCUACUCAGCUCCAUUCUCACCGAGAUUGUGAAUUUGGUUAGCAGCCUUGCCACUGACACAACAGUUAAGAUCUUUGAGAAAAUUAGUUCUCCACAUGGUUCCACUUUCCUGCCAUAUUCCCUUAGUCAACAUUCCAGUACUCGUCCUGGUGCAGCUAGACAGUUCAUUCUGAUUGGACGGAAUUUCCACCAAUGGCGGUAUAGUACUGAACAAGUUGACUGUGAUGAUGAUGAGGGCAGACCUUUGGUAAAUAGUAUCAAACCUCACAAAGGAUUUCAGAGGUUUGAGGCCAUGGAGUUCAACACUGCAGAGAAAUCAGGUGACCCCUCUAGUUCAGGAAUUAGUGGAAGGGGUGUGGUUCCCCGGCAGCGAUUUCUCAUAAUUGACAUCAUUGACAAAAAGUUGAUUUUAUAUACCUAUAAUUGGUCAGUGGAUCUGGGAGUAUCAUUAAAUCGAGAAUUGAUUCGUCUUAUCCAAUGGCAGAAUGCACGCUCUCAUGUGGUGCAUUGUCUCCUCAGUCAAAAGAUGGGGCUCUUCCAUCACUACUGUUUUGCUGAUACACCCGUAUACGAUGAAUCCAAACAGGAAGCAAACCCAUUUCUUCAUUCCACACUGGAAGCUGAUUCACUAAUCAAGAGCCCGACUCCCCCUCCAAGUAAGGAGCAAGGACGACUGAGCUCAACAAGCAGGAGUCUUCCACCUCUUCACUUCCCACCAGAGAUCGUCCCAUUUGAUGAAGCACUGCGUGACAUCACGGUGCCUAAAACAAUAAGGCAGUCACAUGAUGCUGGGUUGUCUGACCCAGUGUCACGCCAUGGCACCCAGUUCCUGGAAAUCAAAAACCUGGAGCGGAGAGAAAUGGAGAAGCAAAUGAAAAUUGAGAACCUAUUUGUGACAUGGCAGCAGCGUUCUGCCCAGUCAAACAUGCCCAUCACUGUGGGUGAUCUGGACACGCUGAAACAGUCUUCACGACUUGUUCAUUACUGUGCCACGCCAUUGCUGUUUGAUCCCAUUUUCAGGCAGCAAAUGCAGGCAGAGCAGCAGGUUGGGUCUGAAGGAAAGAAGCGUCAUCGUUCAAAUGACUCCACAGCAUCAGGAAGAGACCGAAGCCACAGCAGUGAUUCUGUGGAAACAAUGCCUUUUAAGCUCAGGGAAGACCAAUGGCUAGGCGAGAUUUCCAAUGCAUUCAUGCAACAGUAUAUUCAGUAUCUACAGAGCAUGGGCUUUAUCCUUGUGCAGGUCCGCCCACCGUCUCCUACAAGAAAUUUGGGAAGAACACGGCCAGUGGAUUCAAGAUCUGCAACUUCUGUCCACAAGCAGAAAAGUGAUGAUAGUCCAAAGAGCUUGGAUGGCUCGAAUAUAAUAACCUAUCAUCUUCAAAGGGCUCUUCCAGGUGGAAUAGUACUCAUGGAGCUUGCUUUCCAGGGCUGUUACUUCUGUGUGAAACAAUAUGCCCUCGAAUGCUCCCGGAUUCCAAUGGGACAGUCUGUCAACUCCCAGGGCUCUCUAAUGUCCAAAGCUCGCGCCAAGUGCCUUGCCGAAGUGAGUUCGGUCUCAGAGUCAGCGCUUUCAAUGUUGUUCACAGAGGAGUGUGACAAGGUGCGGGAUCUAAUGCACGUUCACUCCUUCAGUUAUGAUUUCCAUCUGCGGAUCAUUCAUCAAUAUCUGGUUGGCCGUCAGAUGACUCUGAGACAGGGAUACCACCUCACUAGCUUCCUAGAAGAUUUUAUUUGUUACCAUCCAGAUAUUCCAAAAUAUGGAAGGAAUCAUAUCUUUGAGGGAUCUAUAGCCCUCUCCACAAACAUGACAACGGCCCAUCAGCUAUAUAACUAUAUCACUGAUCAUGCCAGCACAUAUGGAAUGAAACCACUCCGCAUGUCAAGAACAGCGAUGAGCAUGGAUGGUAGAAAGGGAACCCAGAAUACAGAAAUGCAUGAAUAUGCACUUGUGGCACUCUGGAAUAGAUCUGGAUCAUACAAAGAUUCUGAAGGAAUCAGACAUCACGAUGAAUUUGAUGUGUCUCUGUUAGUGUGUCACAGUGCAGGACCUUUCGAAGAACAGCCAGAAACAGAACACAACAUGCUACGGUUACAUUUCUAUGUGAUAAUGACGAGCUGCAGGGAGCUUUUUCCAAGGUUAACUGCCGACAUGCGACGUUUUAAGAAAUUGCCGAGAACUCGUCGGGAUUCUUUGGACUUUGCAAGGGAUUCCCCAUUGUCAGAAAAAUCUGAUCCUGAGCGGAGGGAGCUGGAUCCAGAUGGGUGGGAUGAGGCAAGUGAUUCCUGUGAGUUUUAUUCCCAUGGGAAGCAAUUGAAGAUGGCUCCAGAGCUGUUCUACUCCUCCCCACUCUUUCCUUUACUGACGUCUGAGGUGGCAAGUGCCCAAGAACAGAUUGCAGUGAUGGUUCAACAAGCAAAGUCCCACUGUCGCCGUGAUGUUCUCUGGCAGCGUCUCUUUUUGGGAGAGCAUCUGUCUUCGGACAAACACAAAAUGAGCAAGUUGUCCUUCGCUGAGCUGGAAGAGUUACUCGGUGCUGUUUAUAGCAAAUCCAUUUCUGAGAUUGACCCACAACUGGAUUGCUUCCUAUCGAUGAGCACCAGCUGGUAUCAGAGUUUGAUCAAGGUUUUGUUAAACCGUUUCUCCCAGAGUUGUCGACACUUUGUAGAUGCAGAUAGAGGAAUCCAAUAUUUGGCGGUGUUGAAUCAGAAAUUUAUCGACUGUUUUGUUCUCAUCUUCCUUGAUUCUCAGUCUGCAAAGACGAAUCUAAAGGUUGUAUUCAGAGAGCCACUUCCUGCACAACCACAGAACAGUGAGAGCCCCCUACCUCAACUUGUAUCCAUGUACUACCACUUGGAGUCUGUUAUCAACACUGCUUGUUUCAACCUAUGGACGGGUAUGCUACAGUAACAGACUGCAAAUCCACCUGCUCUGACUUUUGAGUGGUCUGCAUCACUAUAUGAAGUUCUACAUUUACACUGUUGCUUGAGACAAGAAACUGAUAUAGCAAGCUUCAUACUGAGAAGUACUAAGUUCUUUGUAAUCCAUUCUUUUCAGCCAUGUUUCAUUCAUUUUGAACUUCAGUGAUUUUGAGGGAAUCCUUAAAGGGAUUUAUGGGCCCCUCACAAUUGGGAGCCUACUGGAUGUUUCUGUUUAUUAAUUUAUUUUUAUUUAGUAAAUUUAUUAAUAACUAAUUUAUAUGCUUGUUCCAUUUUGGGAUUUCCUUUUUUCCCAUCAUCUUGUUUGUUUCGUCUGUGUACAAAUGGCAGAGCAGGAGGUUGAACGUUCAGAAGCAUUGCUCAAAUAGCAAGCCAGCACUGGAUUUAGGGCAAACUACAUGAAAGGUCUUACCCUUGCUGUCAAUGUGAUGAACUGACAAUACUCCUCAGAGUGCUGUAGACAGAUUUGAGCAACCAAGUGCAUUGAGAAUGCACAUCUGAGUCGGCCAAAUUGUAAAUCAAAUGUCUGGGCUGUUAAACCUGAACCUUUUAAAGAUUUAGUUUUAUUAGUGACUGCAUUAUCUCAAAUAUACAUGCACUGGAAAACAAUUGAAUAUAUUUUUCAUGAGAUGCACAGGUAUCAAUCAUUUUAAAAUUUAGGCUUAUUUUCACAUUUAAGGAAAACUUCUGUUUCUGCACCAGAGACAUCAUUUUCAUACAUAUUCUGGAGAGGUGUUGCUUUGAUCAAGACUUACUGAUUACUCCUAUAAUGAAAUGAAGGUGCUGCUGCAUUUUGGAAUGUAAACGGAGUAUUUAAGUGGUUUUAAAGCACAUUCCUUUGUAAAAUUUCAACAGUCAAUUACACCUAGUUGCAGGUGCACAAUGUCUCGUGCUUAGAGAUCAAUUGUAAGUGAAAAUACUUUAUGUACUGUAUAUUAUGUAUAUAAUGAAGGCUGAAAUAUUGCUGUAAAAUAAUAAAGUUAUAUCAAUCAUU